GGCCGUCGUCAGUUUUCAGUUUCACGAUUCCCUUUCGCUCACCCACCUUUCAGUUUCAGAUUUUCCGAUGUCUCGUCUCAUUCAAAACCGCAUCGGAAACACCUUGUUACGCCUCAAACCUCAACCUUCUAUCCUAAUCAAGAAUCUCUCCACGUCUCCAGAGCCAUCACUCGACGACGAAUCCUCACAAUCAUCUCACAUAUGGAACGUCAUCAUAGCCCGAGCCGGCGGCGACAGCGAAGAUGAAGUCUUCCACCGCCUCUCAAACGAUCCCCUCUGCAACAGAGUCACCCUCUCAGACACUCUACUAAACAAGCUCCUCCACAGGUUCAGAGACGACUGGAGAUCAGCUCUAGGCGUCUUAAAAUGGGCCGAGUCUCGCAAAGCCCACAAGAAUCACUCACCCGAGGCUUAUGAUACAGCGGUUGAUAUCCUCGGGAAGGCCAAGAAAUGGGAUCGUAUGAAGGACUUCGUCGAGAAGAUGAAGGUAGAUAACACCGUGACGUUGAACACGGUGGCCAAGAUCAUGAGGAGGUUCGCUGGAGCAGGAGAGUGGGAAGAAGCUGUUAACGUGUUCGAUAGGUUAAACGAGUUUGGAUUAGAGAAGAACACUGAGUCUAUGAACUUACUGUUAGAUACUCUCUGUAAGGAGAAGAGAGUCGAGCGAGCUAGAUCCGUUUUGUUAGAGCUAAAGGCUCACAUUAAGCCGGAUGCUCAUACUUUUAAUAUAUUUAUUAACGGUUGGUGUAAGACCAACAGAGUCGAGGAGGCUCUCUGGACGAUUCAGGAGAUGAGAGGAUAUGGGUUUCGUCCUUGUGUGAUUAGCUACACGACGAUUAUAAAGUGUUAUUGUUUGAAGAGUGAUUUUAUUAAAGUCUAUGAGAUGUUGAGUGAGAUGGAAGCUAACGAUUCUCCUCCGAACUCUGUCACCUACACGACGAUUAUGUCUUGUCUUAACGCGCAGAAAGAGUUUGAGGAGUCUUUAAGGGUGGCUGCGAGGAUGAAACGGUCAGGCUGCGAGGGGGAUACUCUUUUCUACAACUGUUUGAUUCACACGCUUGCUCGAGCUGGGAGGUUGGAAGAAGCUGAGAGGGUUUUCAGAGAUGAGAUGCCUUCAGUUAACACAUCUACUUAUAACUCAAUGAUUGCUAUGUAUUGUCACCAUGAUGAGGAGGAGAAGGCCGUUGAGCUUCUCAGGGAGAUGGAGAGUUUGAAGGUUUGUGAGCCUGAUGUUCACACGUAUCAUCCGUUGCUUAGAUCAUGUUUUAAGAGAGGAGAUGUGGUUGAGGUUGGGAGGUUGUUGAAAGAAAUGGUGACUAAGCAUCAUUUGAGUUUGGACGAGUCGACUUAUACUUUUUUGAUACAGAGGUUUUGUAGAGCUGAUAUGUGUGAGUGGGCGUAUUGUUUAUUUGAGGAGAUGAUUAGCCAAGAUAUCGCGCCGAGGCAUAGGACUUGUUUGUUGCUUUUGGAUGAGGUUAGGAAGAAGAGUAUGCAUGAAGCGGUUGAGAGGAUCGAGUAUGUGAUGAGGAGUGUUAAACUUACUGCCCCUGUAAAGUGAGGUUAUUAUUAGUUACUACAGAUUCAUCAGAUGUUCAUUGUUUUGUUCAUUCAACCACACAUUGUAGUGUAGAUUUCAAGUUCUUUGGUCAUGGAUAAGACUUGCUGAAAUUUUGCAACUUAAUGGAGUUGAAUGAUUCAGACACAGUUUAGGCAAGUUUUGUUUGUUGUCUGCUUUGA